AUGUCCCAAACGAAAGCACCAGAUGCUGCUCCUUCAUAUGCAACUGGUCACCUAGCCUUUCCUGCCUGCACUUGGGUGACUCCUGAAGAGAAGCUUAGGACUUUGCACCAACUUUUUCAUGCUCAACAGAACCUCCAAUCGCAGAAGACAAAUGAACAACUUGUUGCAGAAAAUGCUGAGCAGAAAAAGCGUGUAGAAGCGGAGCAGGCUUGGGAGAAGUACUUGGGUUUAGAAGAAAAGCGCCGCCGAGUACGAGAGGAACGCGAACGUGAGGAGGCCUUGAAAGGAGAGAAACAUUGGGUGCGGCACGGUGGGAUCCUCCGUGAUGCAAACGGGCGACGGGACUACAAGAGGACCGAUGAAAUACGAAAGAUAGUCGAGAGGGAAGACAAGGAGCGCCGUAUAAUUGAGCGAUGGAGGGCAUAUGAAAACGCGUGGAUCAAUAUCUUAGCUUCAGCUGAUAAGGCUCUAUCAUUCGGCGAUAUUCCAUGGCCUCUUGCUUCUCCACCAAAGAGUCCAGAUGAUCUUCGCGACCCGACAAAAAUCGCCGAUUUUCUUUUUGAAUCGCUGACUAUCGAAAGCAAUAAAACGACUCGUAAAGAGCGCCUGAGGACUUCGUUAUUACGAUGGCAUCCAGACAAGCUGGGUGGUAUUUUGGCGCGCGUGCCUGAAGGUGAAUUAGACGCUGUGAAAGAUGGCAUCGAUGCCGUGGUGAUUUCGCUCAUGAAACUGCAAGAAGCUGAGAAAAUGCGGUGA